AGUAGCAGUAGAUAAAAUUAUUUGAAUAUUUACACGGGUACUUUCGAAUUAUUUUGUUGGUGCUCCAUUUUUCCCUGUUUAAUUGUGGUUGGAAUCGCGUUAACCUUAAAACUAUAUUAACGUUGUUAUGAUUAUGACUUCUUUAGUGUUGAAAAAUAUAAGAAGUGCUUUUCUAAAUAGAAGUGCUUGCAUCAUUUUAAAUAACUCUAUUCAUUCGAAGUGUUUUUUAUCAAAACCAAUUAAUCAAACAUCAUUAGACGACGAAGAAAGCAAAAAGCCGAAGAAGAAGACCAUUCCUAUUCCUAAAAUAACUUUACUAAACGCAGAUAAUGAUAGUGUGACUGUUACUACAUUAGAAGAAGCACAAAAUAUUUCAAAAAGAAGGGAUUUAAAGCUAGUAAAAAUUGUCGAUUUAGACACGAAAACACAAAGGCCUAUUUACAAGCUUAUGACAGCUGCACAAUUACACAUUGAAGAUUUAAAACACAAAGAAGAAAAAAAGAAACAAUCAUCAGAUUUUACAAAGGGGGAGAAAAUAUUGUUUAUUGGUAGUGGAAUAAGUGAUCACGAUUUGGGUAUUCAUUCUAAAAAAAUAUUGAAGUGGAUCAGUAAGAAACUUGAAGUACGGAUUGUUAUUAGUGGAAGUGAUAAUGAUAUGAGUAAGGCUGAAAAGAUUUAUAAAGAUUUAGAAGCUAAAAUAGGAAGUAGUGCAAGACUUGUGCAAAAAAGGACAAAAAAUGGUGAAAUCAAGUUUCAAGUAAUACCUCCAAAGGAUAAAAAUACCACUGUUACUAAAUGACUAAUGAAUUCUAAGAGGCCAUUAGCAAUUAUAUUAGUAGGGCUUUCCUUAAAGUAUCUUUUUUGGUACAAUUAUGUUUCAAAAAAGAGACAAAUCAAAGGAAAAGUGUCCAGGUCAGAAUGAAAAAUAAAUGCCACUUUGUUGAAAUCAUCUGUAAUUAUUAAGAAUUAUAUUACCUCAUUAGCAAUGUACCUAAUGUACACAUAUGUGUAUAGCAAGUAUAGAUAAAAAAAUGUAUGAUACAGCAGAGCCAGAAUUGUUUAAUUUAAUUUUAAAUUUUUGGAUUCUUGAAAUUAAGAUAUACUUAUAUCUAUUUAUUUAAAUAAUAUGUUUAAUCGUAAGUAUUUUGUAUUGUAGUCAAUUUUUACUGUUUUAUGUUUUCUGAUCUGUAUAUGCCACACCUUUUCACAUAUAUU